AUGGCGAGUGGCGAGGACUCGAUGUUUCCGUUCCUGGCGGCUGAUAGAUUCGACUGUGCCUGCAAGGCUUUUGUGAGACGAGUUGAUGCAGCUGGAGGUGCCCAAAGUCUGGGGUGGCUAGCUGUGGAAUAUUUGAGAUCUGAGCUAGAGAAUCCAAUUUUGAGGAUAUCAAAGUCCGCCAGUAUUCCGAGAGCACCUCUUGAGAAUAGCAAUGCUAUUGCGACAGAACGCAUAGGAAGUCCUCGGGAUUUAGAAGAAGAUGUGAUCGAGGACGACGAUCAAGAAACCUUGAUUCGGGAUGGCGUCGAUGAAGAACAAUUAACCAUUGACUAUGACAUUGCACUCUCGACAUCAUAUCAUGUACCUGUCAUGUACUUCUGCCUAAGAGAGACCCCCCAGGUAGGCCCUGCGGCAUUAGAUGAUAUUUAUAAUUUCCUCGUCCCGCGCCAACACCAACAAUCAUUGAGAAACAACGGCGUCAUGGGCGGUAUCAGUUUUGGAUAUCAUCCCAAGUCCGGCAUUCCAGCUUACUUCGUUCACCCUUGUAACACCGCCAGUGCCAUGGAAGCUAUUACCGGCAAUAAAAACAUUGAGCCCGAAGAUUAUCUUCUCACAUGGCUCGGCCUUGUUGGUGGCUGCAUUAAUUUAAGUCUUCCCAGCCGGCUCUUUGUGGGAUCAUAG